CCACCAUCUAGUGGCCGCACUGUGCAGUACAGUUGCGUCCCUCGCUACGUCAUACAAUAACAAGGAAGUAGGGACCAACCAAACCGUACGAGUCCAUGGUUUUUGACUGUAUCUGACUGGGUUAUAUAUCUGGUGUGAGCUCUUGUUUUCUGUGAAGCAUCAUGGAGAAAUACUCCCACCUUAGAGUAAUCGGGGAAGGGUCUUUCGGUCGGGCUGUGUUGGUACAAUGCAAAAGCACUCAGGAGAAAUAUGUGCUCAAGGAAAUACAGUUGCCAAAGAACCAGUCGAAACAGCAGAGUUCAAGAAAGGAAGCAGUCCUGCUUUCCAGAAUGAAACAUCCCAGUAUUGUGGCUUUCAGAGAGGUUUUUGAAGCGGAUGGCCUCUUGUGCAUUGUUAUGGAGUACUGCAGUGGAGGAGAUCUGCUUCAUAGGAUCCAGCAGCAGAAAUCCUCGCAGUUCACUGUUGAUAAUAUCUUGAAGUGGUUUGCUCAGAUGUGUGCAGGUGCAAAGCAUAUUCAUGAUAAGAGGGUUUUGCACAGAGAUUUAAAGUCUAAGAACGUUUUCCUGGCAGAUGACGGUUCCGUGAAGCUCGGGGACUUUGGCUCUGCUUGUAUUCUGAACAGCUCAAAGGCUUAUGCUUAUACAUAUGUUGGGACGCCGUAUUAUGUGGCACCUGAAAUCUGGGACAACAAGCCAUACAAUAACAAGAGUGAUGUGUGGUCCCUGGGGUGCGUCCUCUACGAGCUCUGCACCUUGCGACACCCGUUCCAGGCAUCCAGCUGGAAGAGCCUGAUCCUUAAGGUGUGCCGGGGUGCAUACCCUCCUCUCCCCAACCACCUGCCGUACGAGCUGCACUACCUGAUCAAGCACAUGUUCAAGACGAACCCAAAAGACAGGCCAUCGGUACACACAAUCCUGACCUCUCACCGGGUUUCCAGACUUCUGCGCACACAUCUGCCCUCACAGGUUUUAAAGACAGAGGAAGCAAAGAGGACGUGUCGAUGGAACAGGGAGGAAGGGCGGAAAGUGGCUAAUUUCCUGGGAGAGAAGAGUUUAAUAAAAACAUCAACAACUGAAGGUGGGGAUUUACCUAAAAGCGGCUGUGAGAGCACAGAGCCAGCCCUUAGAAAGCAGUGGGCGACUGAGCCACGGAGUACUGUGCUGCAGAUGCUGGCCAAUGCCAGCCUGGUUUCAUCAGACAGCAUGGCUGCAGCUCUCCAGACCAGCUCCACCCAUGAAAGUGAUUCAGAGGCCAGCAGGCAGAGAAAACAAUGGGUGCGGGAUCCCCCUGAGAAACUUCUAGGCCUGUUGGAAAAGGCCCAGCUGAACAAAGCUUUCAGCACCUUUUUAAUUCACAGAGGAGAUGACAACCCUCUAGUUGGACCCCUAUCCCAACAGCGGGGUGAUGACACUGAUGGCUUUAAGCCAGAAGUACUUGUAGACGAGUCCAGACUGCAGCCUCGCUCUGAUGAUGAGGACACGGACUUUGAGGAAGAAUCUCCUUGUGACUGGGUGGACGAAAUUGAGAAAAUAUUUUCAGAACACUAAAGCCUCGUUCCUCCAGACCACAAACUGAUGAAAACACUAACUUUUUCAAUGUGCCAGACCUUUUUGUUUUUUCUUAAAAAGUAAAUGAAAGAUUAUUUGAGAAGAGACUUAACAUUAAAUACAACUCUGAAUGUUUUCUGUAAAGGUUUAUUUUCAUUAAAGUUGUUUGAGUUUU